AUGUUGCUGGAACCAUCACUUUAUUCUAUCAAUAGUAUUAUAAUAUUAGACAAUGAAGGCAAGCGUAUCCUGACAAAGUACUACGACUCAUCGUUCCCAACUGUAAAGCAGCAACUUGAAUUUGAAUCGAAACUUUUUAAAAAAACCAGCAAGUCUAGUGGUGCGGAAAUCACAUUGCUGGAUGGUGCGACAUGUGUAUAUCGCAACGUUGGCGACCUCUACUUUUAUGUGAUUGGUGACGCUAAUGAAAAUGAAUUGUUGCUUGUUAGCGCUCUGCAGUGUUUAUACGACUCUGUCAGCCAAGCUCUGAAACGAUCGGUUGAAAAGAAAACACUAAUGGACAACUUAGAUUUGAUUUUCUUGAUAGUUGAUGAACUGUGCCAUAAUGGCAUUCUGUUAGAAUCUGAUGCGACAGCCUUGGUUUCUCGAGUCGGUGCGCGAACAGAUGAUAUCCCACUUGGGGAACAAACCGUUGCACAGGCCAUCCAAAAUGCAAAGGAACAAUUACGAAUGUCUUUGAUCAAGUGA